GGAGCCAAGGUUCGGAAAUGGAAUGUUUGGACACGGUUCCACCUGAGUCUCGGCGAGAUGGAUACAGUCGGCGAUUGAGUCCGUCCCGGAGCCGCUCCCAGCCCCGGAGAGACAUUGCACCUCCCAGCCAGGGCACGCAGCUCCCGAGCCACAGCGUCCGGAAAGCCUCGAUCGGCUCUUACAGCCACAUCCCCUUUCCUUGAAGCAGCUCCAGCCGAAACGGGCAGCCAGUUGCAGUACAUGCCCCCGGCUGCCCCAUGCCAGACUGGGCUGCCCCUGCUCCGCGCCCGCCUUUGCUUCGGAACCGGGAGGAUGCCUCUUCAGUCAGCGCCGGCGUCUGGAAGUGCUUGAGAUCCGAGCUGUCAGGCUCCUCUCUGCUCCACCAGCACCGUCCGCUCCAGGUGCCACCUCCUGCAGCCUUGUCCCCUACAGCGUCUUGUUCCCGAGGAGGGCGAAUGGUCCCGGACACAUGCAGGCCAGGAAGAAAUACAUCUCGAUCGCAUUCUGCGCUUGCUGGCUUUUGCUUUUCUACUUCGGGGGAUCGCAGAUCCGGCAGCUGAAGUUCCUGGCACGGAGGCAGAGCGAGGAGACGGCGAUGGCGAGGAGGUGGCCGGCGUGGGACGACCAGGCGUCACUGAAAAGUUUCGCGGAGCAGCCGGGAGGGGAGGUGGACGCUCGCCUGCGGGAGUCCCCAAGACUGAAGAAGGAGAACAGGGAGAUGGUAUACAAGGACAGCAGGUGUCGGAUGGAGACCUGUUUUGACCUGUCUCUGUGCGAGAAGCGAGGCUUCCGGGUUUACAUCUAUCCCCAGGCUAAAGGAGAUAAAGUUUCUGAAAGUUACCAAAAAAUUCUCGCUUCCAUCCAGGGCUCCCGGUAUUACACUCCAGAUCCACAGCAGGCCUGCUUGUUUGUCAUGAGUAUAGACACCUUAGAUAGGGAUCAGCUAUCCUUACAAUACAUUCACGACGUGGACAGCAAAAUCCAGAGUUUCCCCUUGUGGAAUAACGGAAGGAACCACCUGAUAUUUAACCUCUACUCGGGAACGUGGCCUGACUACACCGAGGACCUGGGCUUUGACGUUGGCCAGGCCAUGGUGGCCAAAGCGAGUUUUUACAUGGAGAGUUACAGGCCACAUUUUGACGUCUCCAUCCCUUUGUUUUCCAGAGAACAUCCUCAGAAGGGUGGGGGGAAAGGCUGGCUACUGAACAACAAUGUCCCACCCAGGAGAAAGUACCUGUUGGUCUUCAAAGGCAAGAGGUACUUGACGGGAAUUGGGUCAGAUACCAGAAACGCCUUACACCAUAUUCACAAUGGCAAGGAUAUUAUCUCACUCACCACUUGUAAGCAUGGGAAAGACUGGGAGAAGCACAAAGACAGUCGCUGUGACAGAGACAACCUGGAAUACGAGAAGUAUGAUUAUCAGGAAUUGUUGCACAACUCCACCUUCUGCCUUGUUCCAAGGGGAAGAAGACUGGGGUCUUUCCGAUUUCUGGAAUCUCUUCAGGCUGCUUGUAUUCCUGUACUGCUCAGUAAUGGCUGGGAGCUACCGUUCUCCGAGGUCAUUGAUUGGAGCAAAGCUGUGGUGGUGGGUGACGAGAGGCUCCUACUCCAGGUUCCCUCAACAGUCAGGUCCAUUGAUAAUGACAAAAUCCUGGCAUUCCGUCAACACACCCAAUUUUUGUGGGAUGCAUAUUUUUCUUCUGUAGAAAAGAUUGUAUCGACCACAUUGGAGAUCAUUAAAGAUAGAAUAUUCACACAUGUUUCACGGAAUAAACUCAUGUGGAACAAACUGCCUGGAGGAUUGUUUGUGCUCCCACAAUACUCGACACAUGCAGCAGAUUUCCCUUUCUACUACUUGGAUGAGGGUUUAACUCCCAAGAAGGAAUUCACUGGGUUGAUUUAUGCAGUCUCGCCCCUGGUUUCCCAGUCUCAGCCCAUUAUCAAGUUGAUCUUAGCAUUAGCAAAAUCCAAGUACUGUGUACAGAUAAUUAUCUUGUGGAAUUGUGACAAACCAUUACCCCCAAGAGGUAAAUGGCCCUCCACUAGACUGCCUCUUAUAUUCAUAAGAGGAGAACGUAAGGCCAUAAGUAGUCGCUUCUUUCCCUAUGAUGCCAUAACAACAGAUGCUGUGCUAAGCCUGGAUGAGGACACCGUACUCUCCACCAAUGAGAUUGACUUUGCAUUCAUUGUGUGGUGCAGCUUCCCUGACCGGAUUGUAGGUUACCCAGCUCGCAGUCAUUUCUGGGACAGCAGUAAAGGAUUAUGGGGUUACACAUCAAAAUGGACCAACGAAUAUUCCAUGGUUUUAACUGGAGCAGCAUUUUACCACAGAUACUACCAUCACCUGUUCACACAUUACCUGCCAAUCAGUUUACAUGCGCUCUUGGACCAGACAGCUAACUGCGAAGACAUCCUGAUGAAUUUCUUGGUGUCAGCCGUCACGAAGCUUCCCUCAAUCAAAGUCACACAGAAGAAACAAUAUAAAGAGACGUUGAUGCAACAGGGGUCAAAGACUACUCUCUGGGCUAAUCCAGAUCAUUUCACACAGAGACAGAACUGCAUUAACACAUUUGCCAGCUGGUUUGGCUCCAUGCCUCUUGUACAAUCACAGCUACGCCUUGACCCCGUACUUUUCAAGGACCAAGUCUCCAUCCUUCGGAAAAAGUACCGUGAUAUCGAAAGACCUUGAAGAACAAAGCUCUGAAGAGUCACUUUCUGUUGGCCUGGUCAAGGCACAUCACCAGGUCAAAGGUCGUCUCAAAGGAGCACAAGACAAGUAAGAACAGAUCAAGGCUCUGCGGGCUCUCCUUACAUCUUUUAGACAAUUUUCCCCAAAGCCUAAGGGAGCAGGCCAGUGACUUUAUUUUUUAACUUGCUGUUAUUUACUACAACACAAUCCAUGUGGAACUAAUAGAAACAUGAUCUAUCUCCCUUAAGUGAAGCAGUUUGGAAGAUGUUCAGAGAAGUAGGCAGGACGGGUUAUACAGUAAGUUCACAUCAGAAGACUGUGCUUGAGCUAAUUUUCAUGAAGAGUGAACCAGUUCUCCCCAGUUGCUUAUAUUAUAACCUACUUUUUAUGAAAGACUGUGUGCAGAUUAUUUGUAAGCCUGUACUAUAUAAGGACCAUAAUCUAAUCAAGCUAUGGACUGAGAGUUCAAGGUAAAUUAUGAAACUUGGCAAACAUAUAAUAUGAAUGAUUUCAUUCUUUUCAUCAUCAACCUAAGAAGCCUGUAACAAUCAACUGAUAUAAAAUAUGGGUGUCAACAGGUGAGUGUUAGGGCCUGAAUAGCACUCUGAUUUGCAGGAUUCUUGCUUCUGGAUCUGUCAUUCAAUACAGAAUGGUGUAAAAGGAACCUUGAAGAGGUCCCCCUGCUAUGAUCUGUCCACCACAUCAGUUUCCAUGAAGAUUCAAUGAGUCGGUUUUAACAGCAAAUUGUUCAUGGUUUUUUAAAAAAUGCAGUUCAAAAUGAAAGAUGCAUGUUGCUACCCACAGGAUUAUGUUGUAUUAAAUUACAUUUUGCCCAAUGGUGUCGCAUUGCAUUGAAUAAUUUAGCAGAAACCCUUUCAGUCUGUCUCAGGAACACACCAGCCUUAGACACUACAGCAAAGGAGAGGAGGCCAUUUAGUCCAUUGUCUCAAUGGCCGCUCUUUGAAAGAGCUCGCAGCAUCCUAUUUCCGCAUAGGUCAGCAAUUACUUUCUCACAUAUGUUAUAAAGCAGAGGUUGGCUGCUUCCCUCCUUCAAGAACAAAAACUGAAACAUCUAAAGAGGAAUGCUUCAUCCUAUAAUUUGUACGAAGUGUGUGAAAAGUGGUGUAACCUGCUUCUCAGCAACUUCUAGUGGUUAAACAAAAUAAAUCCCUGA